AAAUAAGCGGACAAGACAGGUGAAAUAUUGGUAAAGAGGUAAAGAGGACCGGCAGGUGAGGAAUUACGUUCCCCUCUCAACGACCUUUCUCUCCUUGCUGUACUUUACAUCCGGCAGGCUACGAAAGAGAAAAGUUUGAGAAAAUAAAGAAGAGGAAGAAGGUAGUUGUGAUGAGAAUUGCAGAGGUCUAGGGUUCUGAUCAGACUUAACCAACUAGCAUAUUUAAAGAGAAAACAUAUAAUACAUGAAAGUAAAUCUCUACAUAUAUUUGUAUGUAUGCAUGUAGAUAUGUAUGUAUAGAUGUACUCCAGCAAUCUCAAGGGUUUUAUUCUGGCGGUGGUCUCGAGCGCCUUCAUUGGCUCCAGCUUUAUCAUCAAGAAAAAGGGUCUUCGAAAGGCCGGGGUCAACGGCCCCCGUGCCGGUUCUGGCGGAUAUGGCUACUUGUUGGAGCCACUCUGGUGGGUUGGCAUGAUUACUAUUUUAAUAUGACAGUGAUAGUUGGGGAGAUUGCCAAUUUCGUUGCAUAUAUCUAUGCACCUGCUGUUUUGGUAACGCCUCUUGGUGCAUUGAGUAUCAUUGUUAGUGCCAUUUUAGCGCAUUUCAUUUUAAAGGAGAAACUGCAGAAAAUGGGAAUGUUAGGAUGUCUUUUGUGCAUAGUAGGUUCCACAGUGAUUGUGCUUCAUGCACCUGAGGAGCGUUCUAUUAAUUCAGUUGAAGAAAUUUGGGAAUUAGCUACCCAGCCAGCCUUUCUUUUGUAUACAGCUUCAGCAGUAGCUAUUGCAUUGGUACUAAUUUUGUAUUGUGCACCUCGUUAUGGUCAAACUAACAUAAUGGUGUAUAUUGGAAUAUGCUCGGUAAUUGGAUCAUUGACGGUAAUGAGCAUAAAAGCCAUUGGUAUUGCGAUAAAGCUAACAUUGGAGGGCACAAAUCAGGCGAAAUACUUUCAAACUUGGAUCUUUGCAAUGGUUGCAAUUACCUGUAUCAUCACUCAGUUAAAUUAUCUGAACAUGGCAUUGGAUACUUUCAACACAGCAAUUGUUUCUCCAAUUUAUUAUGCCUUGUUCACUUCUUUCACUAUUUUAGCGAGUGCAAUAAUGUUUAAGGACUAUUCUGGUCAAAGUGCUAGCAGCAUAGCAUCCGAACUUUGUGGUUUUGUCACCGUGUUAUCUGGGACAGCUGUAUUGCAUAGUACACGAGAUCCAGAUACACCUCUUAUCACAGAUCUAUAUACCCCAUUAUCUCCUAAAGUUUCGUGGUACAUUCAAGGCAACGGGGAACUUUGGAAGCAGAAAGAUGAAGAUGGUUCAUCCCCUAGCUUUAUCACGAUUCUCCGACAGGACUAUUUCAAGUAAAUAUAUUACAAUUGGGCAUGUACGUUUCAGAUUUUGUGUCUCAUUGGUAGAGCAUUGAAAAUCACCAUAUCCUGGUGCAGGUCAAAGCGUUGGUAAUUUUGUGUUUUAGAUUUUCUUGUAAUUAUUUAAGUUUUACGAUUUUGGAAUGUCAAAUUAGAUAAUAAUUGAUGCUAUUUUUUGGCAGUAGUCAGCUAUUCAAUUUUCAAGGAAUGGUUCCUUCAAUAUGUUCAGUUUGGCCUUUUGUGUUUUAACCACCUUCCUUUUUGUUCUCUGGCGCCCCCCCCAGUUUUUAACUUGUAGCUACAUGUUAUGUCCUUGCGCAGAGGAGUGUAGUUAAAGGUGUGUAAGUUCUGGAAUGAGGUAAACUGCGCAUUCUAGUGUGUGUAAUUGGAUUUAUUUAAAAUUCCUACGAGACCGAAGAAUGUAGGAAAACUUGUUCCUCCCUGAUUAUUUGUUGAAAGAAAUAUUAUCAUCUUGGACCUGCA